GCCCCACAAAGAAGGAGAACAGACCACAGAAGCACAGCAAAGAUGGACAGGGUGACAGAGGGGUCGGGGGGCGAGGCAGCGCUCACAUCAGCAUGAGGCGUAUUCAUGCAAAAGUAUGCAAGAACUGCAAACGGAGGAUGGAGGACCCAGAAGAUGAUCCCUGCAAAACAAUAGCAAGGAUUUAGUUAAACUCAAAAGCUGCACUAAAAUGUAGAUUACAAUCUGUGCAUAUUCUCUCACAGGCACAGGUUGAAAAAGUUGUGAAUUAUACGUUAAGGGGUAAAAUAUAUCAUGUCCAAUAGUAUAUAUUUAAGUGACAAAUGUACUAUUAGCAGACUACCAACUGUUGGAAAAGUAAGAGGCAGGUUCGAAACCCAGUGGAGAUGACAAUGGAAGACGCAUGUCAAAAGAUGUCUGGUGGAUCUAUAUCCACAGUUGUGAACGUGGACCCAUCAGUCGAAGGCUUGUGAUAGCGAGCAUGUAUUGGAAUGGAGACACGAAGCACUGGGGAAGUUUGUUGACUGAGGUCAGGGUACACAUGGGUGAUGAAUCCUGCUGUCAGCCAGAUAUGCGUUUCACUGCGAAGCGCUGCGGAGUGCAGUUCGACCCGCCGUCCAUCGUUGUCAUAUACGAAAUUACUGAAACCAAAAAACUGCGGAAAAGGACUAUCCCAGUCCGAAACUUUUCUAAAUACUCAGAAUCCAGCAUGGCUGCUGAGAAGUUAAAAACCCACCCACGACACGGAGAGUACCUGGAAGGCGUGUCCCAGAGCCAACUGGAGAGGCUUCACGUCAUUCUGAGAGAUCAUCUUCGAGGCCUGACUUUGGACGAGACCCUUGCGUCAUUUCGCCUUGACCCUGAGGAGGACCUAAACAAACUAGAUGACGACAAGCUGGCUCGUAAAAAAGGCCAAAUGGAUGAACUCUUUGAGAAGAACCGGAAGCACCGUGAUGAUCCCAAUUUUGUUUAUGAUUUGAGAGUGGAUUUUGAAGAUAAUGCUCAAGACAAAUGUAGCUGGGAUGAAGAUUCAGAUGAUGAUAACUUCUAAUGUUUUGUCUUUCAUGUUAGUUGGCUGGAGAAAAAAGUUCAUUCUCUCCUUCUCCAAAGCCACCCAGCCCUGUGCUGCAUCCAUCAUAGGUUUGUGAAUUUGGAUUGAAUCCGCGAGUUUCUUCAUCCAUCCUUAAUGUUUAACAACUGAAUGAAUUGUAUUGACAGAAACACCAGUUCAAUAAAAUGCCAUUUAUUUGUAUUAAAAUACUGGAUUCACAAGAAAAAACACACACUUUGGCUUCAACAUUUGUGUCAUAAAUCAAUUCGAGAUGGACAGAAAUAUAUAUAUCUUCACCUCUGAAAAUAUAAGCAUCAGUCUGCCUAACAGGACAUACACCUUCAAGUAAACACCUUCUAUAAAAUAUAUAUUUGAAUUAAAUGACGCAGAUAUAUGUGAUUAUAGUUCACACAAAGCGACUAUGUGGCUACGUAUUAGAGAUGACAUGAAACCACUUCUACAGUGUCAAACCUCAGUGGGAACCAAAUUCAAUACAAAGUGCUUUAAUAUCCUAUUUAGUUGACAGUAAAAGAUCGAAGCCAUGUACAUUCAAAUAUGUCAAAGACGCAGACAACUUGUUUGCUUGAGGCUAAUUUUUACACUAGUGAGCAGUGAUGUAUGCAGCACAGCAGUGCUUUUUUCCCUCAGGAGGUAGGCAACCGAAAAUCACGACACAAAGCCAACCUUUCACCACCAGGUUUUGGUAAG